AUGUCCAGCUUCAUCUAUUUCUCUACGGACUUCAAUUUGUCUGGGAAAACUCUCAUCGUCCCUGUUGUCUCCACCGCGAAUGUCUCCCAACUAGCAACAGACCUUCUGAUAUCCACCCUUUCCCUCGACCGAAUUGCAAUAUUCGACCCUCAGUUUUGCGUGCCAGUAGCGGGCGCCAGGGACGAUGGUCUGAAGGGCAUCACCGUUCCCCUCGAGUUGUAUGGUAAAUCUGGCGUGGACGUUGUUAUCGUUCAACAGAGAUCUCCCGUACUGAAGUCCCGCAAAGAAGAGUUUGUUAGUUCACUCCUCAAAUUCAUCGAUUCAUCGAACUUCGAAACCGUUCUAUUCCUUUCUGGCGUUGACCUUUCCGAUAGGACUGACGCGCAGAUGUUCACGACCACUUUCCACAUUAUCCCCAAUCAGCGUCACGCCUCAAGGUCGUCUCCGUUAGACAAUCUUACCUCGCUGCCUAUUCCUGUGUAUACAUCCCCUGUGCUUCAGAGGCUUGAAGUAGGUUCGGAAGGUUCUUCUACACACAUCCCAUUCAUCCCCGGUGGCGGCUUGACGCGACGAAUCCUUUCGGCUCUUCCGGAAACAUGGUCCACACCCACCGCGUCUCUGUUACAAUUCGUUUUGGAGGGGGAUAAUCGAGGAGACGCCAGACUACUCGCGGCGGUGACGCUGAAAGUCGUGGGUUUGGAUGUUUCGGUGAACGAAUGGAAGCAACCCAAGAGCUGGCAGGUAGGCCUCUUUGGGGCUCCACACGACCAGUCGUUGUAUGGGUAA